AUGAGCCCACAACAACAACAACGACAGCAGCCGCAGCAGCAGCCGAACAACGAACAAGCACAAGCAAGAAGAAGAAGACGCAGAAGAUGCUCCACGCAGCAGCAACAGCAGCAAAGGCUGCAGCAGCAGCAGCAAAGGUUACAGCAGCAGCCGGAGCAGCAGCAGCAACAGCAAAACCAGCAGGAGGCGGAACAACAGCAGCCGCAGCGUGAGGUGGAGGAGCAGCAAGUGCAACAGCACCAGCAGCAAGUGCAGCGGCAGCAGCAGCAAGUGCAGCAGCAGCAGCUCUUAUUCGUGCACACCAACUGCUACCAAGAUAUAUACUGCGACAAUUUAGCAGCAGAACAUCACUACUGGCUGCACCUGCUGCUGCUGUGGCGGCAGCAGCAGCAGCAGCCGCAGCAGCAGCAGCAAACAGAAAAAGGCAUGCAGCAGGAAGAGGCGCUACCCCUGACCCCACCGCACGCGCAGCAGCAGCAUAUGCAGGUUCUGCUGCAGCAUAUGCAGCAGCAGCAAAUGCAGCAGCAAACCCAGCGGCGGCAGCAGCAGCAGCAGCCGAAGCAACAGCAGCAGCGGGAGGUGAGGCAACAAUGGCUGACGCCGCAGCAGCAGAAUCGGAAGCAACGUCUGCAGCAGCUGCAGCAGCACUAUUUGCAGUGGCAGCGCAUGCAGCAGCUGCAGUACCAGGAAGAGCAGCGGCGGCUGCUUGAGCAGCAGCAGCAGCAGCAGCAGCAACAGCAACAGCAGCAGCAACGGCAGGAGCAGCAGCAGCAGCGGCUACAGGAGUUUAUAAGAAAUGCAAGAAAAAAUGAUUGCAGUAUAGAAGAGGACAUAGCAGCACACACACAACUUGAAGAAGCAGCAGCAGCAGCAGCAGCAGCACUUGUGGAGACAGCAAAUUCUUUGCUGCGAGUAGUUGCAGCAGAGUGGAGAAGCAAACGAACACGUAUGGUCUCUGCUGCUGCUGAUGCUACAAGAGGAGCAGCAGCAGCAGCAGCAGCAGCAGCAGAAGCAGCAACAGCAGCAGCAGAUGCAGGAGCAGCAGUCACGAUACACUGGGAGACAGAAGCAGCAUUAGAGGUCGUGCAAGCAGCAAGUGCAGCAGCAGCAGCAGCAGAUGUAGCAGCAAACGCCUCCGUCACAGCAGCACAAGCAGCAGCAAAGGUGCAGCAGCACAAAACAAAUGCUGCAGUAGCUGAAGCUCAGCUAGCAACAGCAGCAGCAACAGCAGCAGCACAACUCGCUGUAAAUACAAUACAACACCUUACCCAGCUAAUCAACAGCAGAAGCAGAAGCAUCGGUACGAGCAGCAGCAGCAGCAGCAGCAGCAGCAACAGCAGCAGCAACAGCAGCAGAAGCAGCAGGAGCAGCAUCACACGUAACAGCAUCGCGCAACGCAACAACAGCAACAACAAAAGCAGCAGCAACAGCAGCAGCCACAGCAGCAACUCAGCAGCAGUCUCCUACCGCCCUAGAAGCCGCCUAUACUAA